CUCAUAUAUCCGGAUACGCAUAGGACCACGAGCCGCAGCCGACAUCCCACGCUCGCUUCCGCCGACUACAUUCCCCACCUGAGACGGCGGCAACCAUGGACCCGUACUCGGCAGAAGGCGAGCUGGUCACCAUCCACAGCCAGUUCCACCAGGGCCAGUAUCAGGAGGUGUUAGACUUCGACGCGUCGGCGCUGGCGGCCACGAAUGCGGUGCCGGCGCGCGUGCUAGCCCACCGCGCGCGCAUCGCCCUCGGGCAGGCUGAGGAGGUACUCGCCGAGGUCCAGGGCGAGUCCGCCCCCGAGCUGGCCGCUGUCGCCGCCCUCGCCGAGCUGCGCCUGGGCCGCGCCGACGCCGCUGUCGCUGUCGCCGAGCGCCUCGCCGCCUCUCCCGACGCUGCCGCCAUCGAGGCCGUCCAGGUCCUCGCUGGCACCGUCCUCCAGGCCGCCGGCAAAUCCGAUGAGGCCCUCGUCUUGCUGUCCCAGCAUACCGGCAGCCUCGACGCUACCGCCCUCAUCGUGCAGAUCCACCUGCAGCAGAACCGGACAGACCUGGCGCUCAAGGAAGUGACGGCGGCGCGGCGCUGGGCGCAGGACAGCACGCUGAUCAACCUGGCCGAGUCCUGGGUCGGCCUGCGACUAGGUGGCGACAAGUACCAGCAGGCCUUCUACGUGUUCGAGGAGCUCGCCCAGGCGCCCUCCACGUCCUCCGUAUUCUCACUCGUCUCCCAGGCCGUCUGCGAGCUCCACCUCGGCCGCGUCGAGGAGGCCCAGGCGGCCCUCGAGCAGGCCCUCGAGAAGCAGCCCGACAACGCCGACGCCCUCGCCAACCUCCUCGUACUCCACGCUGUCGUGGGCAAGGACGUCAGUGAGCUCACCAGCUCCCUCCAGAAAUCCCCCCCCCAGCACCCCCUCCUCGUCGAUCUCGAGGAGAAGAGCGAUCUGUUCGACAAGGCAGCCGCCAAGUACAGCGCCAAGGUGGCGGCGGCGUAACGCGCAGAGCCAGAAGGCCGGGAAGAAGACUCGGAGACUGAGCGCGCGAGGGCUUCGUCUCUCUCCCUCUCUCUCUAUAGUUUACCACGUACGGACGCAAAGAGAAAGGGAAAAGGGAGAGGCGUUUAGAAUCUUUUAGUUAAUUAGGUGGCCUAGCUGUUAUACCACGACAUCUGCACGAGCAAAGGAAAGCCCAAAACAAAAGGAGGGGCGCCUUACUGC